AUGUCAAUGAUGUUGAGGACUCUCUUUGUUGUGAUGGUGCUCUUGCUGGUUGGCUCAGAGACGUUGUCAUCGGCAUUCAGAGUGGAGCGUGCUGAUGUGACCGUACGUCAAUCAAAUAUACUGGGCGUGGACAUGGAGUAUGCAACGAUCGAUGUAACAUUCGACCGCGACUUGUAUCUACAGACGGCCGUCACAUGUCCCAAUGAUGCGUGUGCGGAACAUCAGCUGCUAGGCCCCAUAGACUGUUCGUGUGACUACACCGACCCGAACAACUGUGGACAUCCAGUGUCGAAUGAUCCCUCGUGCCCAAAAUGCACCAACUUCACCAGAGCUUACUACUCAACUGACGUGUGCAGCCAACACACUCCCUGGCAGGUCAUCCAUGCCAAUCAAACAUAUCACUACACAAAUCAAUCAUUCACCGAGGAAAUGACCAUGAGUGGAUGGGUCGAGUUCCGUUACAAGGCAAACAACACAUAUUGUGAGGCCAUCAGUGUGAUCGUUUCAACAGAGAUUGGUGAUGAUCUAACUUUGUUUCUCAAUAAUGAUGGCUCGAACUUUGGAAGAAAGAUUGGCCAGGACAGCGUGAACGCCCGCCAGCAAUUGACUGUGUGUCCUUCGGACAAUUCGCAGAUGUGGGCGUAUAUCUGGGAUUGGACCGUCGACACAUACUUCAUUUGGAUUCGUCCCAGUAGGGACAUUGUGCCAAUCUUCUCAUUAACAUUGCUCUCGGUGCCUGUAUAUCCGCCACCAGCCGUUCCAGUAGCCUGCGCGGCAGUCACACCCAAUCACACAUGUAUAGUCGAUGGCGAGGUGGUCAAUGGAACGAUGGAUGGCGGCAUGCCACAGUACUACACCUUUGAAGUCACGCACAACAUGUCGCUCUCAUUCGCCUGUCCCACGCUCAUGGAGGACAUCGAUGUGUUCAUCUCGGAGGAUCCGACCUCUGCCUUCCCCAACCGCACACACUACACCUGGGCAUUCUACCAAGUCUUUGAUGAUUAUGGAACAUUGGUGGUCGCUCCUCAUUCCAAUGGCACCGCUCGCAUACUAUACAUCACAAUCGUUAGCGAGUUGGCGACGGGCUUCAUCUGCACCUUCUCAUCCAAGGCGCCCAUUUGGAAAGAUGCACUCGUUGACCAAUAUGCCAAGGGUGGCACAUUCAACCUUCAGGGCACAGCCCGAGUGCAGCAUCCAGAUGGAGAGUACUAUCACCGGGUGUUCUACGAUGAUAAUGGACCAUUCACAAUCUUGUUCCCACGACAGGACAACAAUCCACUGUGGCCUGUCCCAACCAUAUUCUCUCAGAUCGAUCUGUCACUGGGCCUGCAGUAUCAGAGCACAAUAACGAUUCGCGAUGCGACCAAUUCACCCAAGCCACGAUCAUUCCAAGCUGCCUUUAUCCUGUCCUAUCGCAAGGAGGACCUGUCCAUUGUGCUCAGCAACCUGACAGAGAUCCUCAACUCCAAGAUUGACUUCCUUAACAUCAUUGUUGACGCUGAUGGAAAUGCACUUGAUCUACGUGGCGUACCAUUGACAUUGGCACAGCAGAGUUGCAACUAUACUGCGUUUGAAUCGAUUGUGGACAAGAUCAAGGCCAUUGGAUCAGUGAUGUACAACACGACUUCAUUCAAUGAGCUCAUGAGCAACAGGUAUCAGGCGGACAUCUACACGAUGAGCAAUGAUUGGGUGGGUUGCACAGCGCAGGCCAACUCACUGCUGGCCACGGAGACGGUCACCACGACUGUCGCCACCAAAGCCUGUCCAUACAGCGAUGAUAGCGUUGAAUUCAACAACGACCCAUGUUGCCACUCGCCUGGCAAAACAUUCUUCCAGUGCUGUGUGCCCCGCAACGUGACCGUCGUCACCAACGCUGUUGUCGGCGUUCGUAAUGACCUGAUCAGCAAGCAAUGCUCCAGCACUGGCUGCACUGCAUCAGUAUUGAGCGACUACCAACGAUCACUUGGCGAUAUUGACCAUGGCGGAUGCCCACUCACCACCUCGCAGGACUACCAAAAAUUCCUCGAGGCAACGGCCAACACACUGCGCUACUGCCAGGCACAAGUACUACGCGUUGUCUACUGCAGUGACGACAAUGACUGCGCAUCAGUCGUGGGUGGCUCGUGCAACAUGUACACGCGACGCUGCGAAGCGCCUGCGGCGGUCCAAGACCAGGAGUACGUGCGAUGCGUGAUAAACUCAUCUUCGUCCGAGGUGCAGAUGUCCAUCCGCCUGCUGAUAGGCCUCGAGGGCAACAGCACAAUUGAUGAGUUGGUCGAUGGUAUGGUGUACGUGUCGUCCAAUGUGGAAGACUGCGUGUCGUACACAGGCAUCCAGUAUCGAAUCAAGUACACAUACACGUCGAAGGACCAGUCCCAUGGAAUCAACAAUUACUACCCUGUCGUGCCUCUUUGCUACGACACCAAGUCAUGUGUCGUCCAGCACGACACCGGUCUGGACGGAUCGAUCGGUGGCUUCUACUACCAGCCAAUCUCCAUGAACAGCUCAACAUGUUCACAACAGAUGAACUGUCGCCACUGCCCACUGGGUGAUACUGCCUGUCUCGCAACAUGCUCUGCAAGUCCCAAAGAAUUCUGCGGCCACUGCACAAACAAUCUAACGCGAUGCCACGUGUUCAGCCAGUACACAAACGUCACCGAGUGCAAUGCCUCCAAUCAAGUGUGUCUGUUGCCCAAUGGCAAGUACGUCCCGGACCUCUCGCCAAGUGAUUGCCAGAAGCGCGGCGCAUGUAGCCAUGAUUGUGGCCGCCAAUGCGCCGGCCCCUUCAUUGGUUGUGCUGCGCGAGGCUCUAUCAUAUUCAAUGAGACCCUGUGCACUGACAACGUGACUUAUGGAGUGUGGAGCGACCCGCUCAACUUGUGCUCCAACAACUUCACUCAAGAGGAGUGUGCACAGAACUCGAUGACAAUGCACUGGGUCAACUGCGCUCAGUUGUCUGCAGAUGAGUGCCACACCGUGGUGGAGGGACUGUGUCGCGUCACACCCAUACCCUGCACCACACAAGAGGAAUGUGAGCGCGCUGGUCUGUGCUCCGACCAGCAGUUCUUCCAGCCCAACAUGGUACGACAAUAUCCACGCGGCCUAGGCAAAUGUGUCCGCGGACAUACCCUCAAGAGCGUGUACUCGGUUGGCCCCUCAUGCCAACUGGACGAGCACGACUCACCCAAGGGCUGCUACAGCCUCGCCCCUCUCGUCUACACUGAGUCCGAGUGUCGCGCGUUGGGAUCAGAGUACACUUGGUGGACACAAUCCAACAAUCAAACACAAUGUGAGUCGCACUUUGGAUGCCAGAUACCUGAUGAUUCAUUGUUUGCGCCUGCCGCACAGUCUCGAUUCAACGAGAUGUCAGAGAGUAUGUGCAAAGGAGAGUGUAGUUCCGACGGUCAGCAUACCUGGACCAACAUGUUCAGCUGGACGCCAGCAAAGUGGCUGCCAGGUGUGAUGGUCAAUGCCAGCUGGCUGCCAGGUGGCGCCGUCUCAACCUCCACCUUUGGCUACGCCGUCAACUACCAAGCCGUCGCGGACAUAGUGCUAGCAUCAAAUCAAUAUCAUGUCGCCGAUGUACUCAGGUCAUCGACCAUGUGUAGGAUGGAGCGUCUGCUUGAGAACCUCGAGUCCAUCACAUGUAGUUGCGCCGGCCAUGGUGGCGCGGAGUGCUUCAAGUCGUCAGCCCUGGCACUUGGUUCCACCAAGCCAUGCGUCAACGCUCGCUCAACGUACGAGUUUGCAUAUGGCCUGCUCAAGUUCAGUGAGAAAUCGGUGCCAGCCUCCUGUGUCACCGUCAUUGUGUCUCAGAUCAGCCGACAGCUGUUCAAGGCCACGCCCAAGGUAUCACUCAGCUCAAACUUUGUAUCAUAUCCCAAGCCCGAGGCGUAUGGAAUCCCCAACGAUCAUGGGGCAAUCAUAGGAAUAGUGCUUGGCGAUGGUAUCAAGGUUCAAUCACUCGGUGUCAACUCAUAUAUGGUCUGUCUGUCGAUGGCUGGUUCGUCAUUCAGUGACAAGUUCCCAACUUUGGACUUUGCACACGUCCGCGAGGAUGCCGCCAACAAGUCCAUGCUCGUGCCCAUGGAAGUCCCCACCAUCAUCUCGACCGACAACAAUCUGCUGUGCGCCAGCCUUAAUCAACCGGCCACCGACACCACCUACUUCCCCAUCGCGCGUGUAUCUCAUGGCUGGGCGACCCAGGCCAAGAAACCCUUCGACAAGACUACUACUAACAUGCUGUACACACUUGGUGCCGUGUUUGUCUUCUGCGCCGGCUGGGGCAUGCUACAGUUGAUGUUCGUUGUGCAUCGUCGCAUAUUCAGAACUGAGCUCUUUGAACUGGUGCACGGACUCAUCCUCUCCUGCGUUAUCUUCACUGCCAUCCGCGCCGCCUACUUCUUCAUUCUCCCCUCUGGCAUGCUCUACGACUCGACAAUCGCCGACUACAUCCUAGUUGUGCUGCCAACGUUCAUCUACUUCACGUCGUUCACCAUCAUCGUCGUGCUGUGGUACGUUGUGGUCAACAUGAAGUUCAACGUCAGCCUCACCACCAAGUUCAACUCGCUCAUCGUGGCGACCAACGCUGUGCUCUACCUAAUCUUUAUAAUCAUUGUACUUGUAUUCAACUACACAAAGAGCAACCUGGUCAACAUGUGUGGCGCGCGUCUCUUCAUGGACGUCACGACGACAACACCACAGCGCAUCGUCAGCAUACUCUAUGCGGCCAUCCAGGCAGUCAUCUCGUUGCUGCUUGGCGCGGCCUUCAUCUACCUGGGCAGCUCGAUUGUUCGCGCCAUUCGCCAGGCGCAAGACACGAUGGAGCAGCAGAAGAAGGUGUUCAUUGUGACGGCGUCAUGCUCGGUGGGCUUCAUCCUGCAUUGCAUAUUCGUACUGAUCCUGGUGGCGGCCGACCCUGCCAACAUCUACUUCAGCUUCGUGGGCCUCAUCAUCACCGAGAUCGUGCCAGUGCUCACCAUCCUCUUCUCGUACAACCAGUUGAGCAAGUACCGCAAUGGCAUCCAGAGGUCGCGUUCCAGCACGACGCUGGGCAGCAAGAUGAAGGACGUCACACCCAACGUCUCUGGCUCACAAUCAUACUCAUCAUCAUCAGAGUCGGGAACUGGCGGACUGACCUCAUCGUCAUCCAUCACAUUCUCCUCAUCGCUCGAUACCUCCAACAAUCAUUCCAGCAACCUCUAUUAA